CAAAAUCCCACGUGAAGGCGUGUGGGGUCAGGUCGGCGUGAUUCUCACGCGAGGACAGCGAGGCAAUAUUUGAAUCCUUACCUAUAUGAUUAAGAGAAUGUAGAGAAAAUAAGGGACUAAUCCGUGGUUUCAGCAAUACUAAUCUCCCAUAACAUUAAAUAAUUAAAGUUAGAUUAAUUGAAAGACGACGAAAUCGGGAGCGAAGAAGGUUCUAGAAGCAAACAGUGCAGUAGAAUAAGGGGAAGAAGUUAGUUCGUUCGUCAGAGAAAGAUAAUAGAGAGCCUCUUCUGCAACAAAGGGUUUAUCAGAUUACUAUCGAGUUAUAAUUUCUGAAGCGCAACAAUGUCUGGUAUUGCUCGUGGUCGCCUUGCAGAAGAACGAAAGUCAUGGCGAAAGAAUCAUCCUCAUGGUUUCGUUGCCAAGCCUGAGACUCUUCCUGAUGGCACUGUUAAUUUGAUGGUUUGGCAUUGCACUAUUCCUGGCAAGGCUGGGACCGAUUGGGAAGGUGGCUAUUACCCACUGACUAUGCACUUCAGUGAAGACUACCCUAGCAAGCCACCGAAGUGUAAAUUCCCUCAAGGUUUCUUCCACCCUAAUGUUUAUCCAUCUGGAACUGUUUGCUUGUCUAUACUUAAUGAGGAUAGUGGGUGGAGACCAGCUAUAACAGUGAAGCAGAUUCUUGUGGGUAUCCAAGACCUGCUAGAUCAGCCAAAUCCUGCUGACCCUGCCCAAACAGAAGGCUAUCAUCUAUUCAUCCAGGAUGUAGUGGAGUAUAAAAGAAGGGUCAAGCAGCAAGCAAAGCAAUACCCACCUCUUCUCUAGUGCUAUAUAUUUUCUCACUUUAGGAAUUCUUAAUAGUAUGGUAGAUGUUGUUUGCUAUUUCUUGCUCGGUGCUAAAAGUGUUCUGUGAUUGUUGGCUGCCAUAACUUGCAGACUCCUUGGUUUUAACUAUUUUUAUUUAUUCUCAGGUCUGGAUAACGUGUUAAUAUAUAACAAUGAAAGUCAACCAAUAAUACUUGUUGGUGGUACAUUUCUAUAGAAAUGUAUUAUUUACUAUUAUAUGGCAAUGUGACUGCUGCUCUGAACUUUUUUUUUUCAUUCUUAA